AUGAUCAAAGAACUGGAGGCCCGUGUGCAGCAGCUGACUGGAGAAGCAGAGAAUAGUAAUUUACAGAGGCAGAAGUUAAUUCAAGAAAAAUCAGAACUUGAAAGAUGUUACCAGAUAACUUGUAGUGAAUUACAAGAAGUAAAGGCAAGGCGUAACACAUUGCAUAAAGAGAAAGAUCAUCUUGUAAACGAGUGUGAGAAAAACAUGAAACUAUUACAAACCAAAUAUGAUGCUGACAUAAACCUUCUGAAACAAGAACAUGCUCUUUCAGCUUCAAAGACAUCUGGUGUGAUUGAAGAAUUAGAACAGAACAUCUGUCAAUUAAAACAGCAAUUACAGGAAUCAGAACUUCAAAGAAACCAACAAUUAAGAGAUCAAGAGAAUAAGUUUCAAAUGGAGAAAAGUCAUUUAAAAUGCACCUAUGAAAAGAAGGUAAUUAUUAUUAAUUUAUCAUAUGUUUUCAAAUGA